AUGUCCAUCAGCGAAGACAUCGGAAGCUGCUAUAACUUGGAAUAUUUAUUUUUGAACGGAAAUAGAUUGCUUUCCAUUCCGGCCGAAAUUAGCAAGCUCAGUGGUCUCGUUGCUCUUGACAUAUCGGACAACCACUUGAGAUACAACAUCAACAACUGGCCCUAUGACUGGCAUUGGCAAUGGAACAGCGAGCUCAUUUAUCUCAACUUGUCUGGAAACACUCGGUUUGAACUCCACUCUUUUAGCCAUGAAACUCUGGACAAUACUUCCAAUUCGAACUACUCGGUCUUUUUGGACAGUUUUAAGGGUCUGCACAAUAUCCAAUUUUUGGAUCUCUCAAAUGUAAAAAGCCUUCCCGAAGUAUUGCCAGUUGAGUGUUGGUCAACCAGGGUCAAAACCCUAUUGAACGGAGAAAGCUCCGAAUGUGCGAGCAUAUCACACGGCGGCGAAUGCACGCCUACCUCCAGCCAUUCUUUUUCUUUCGACAAGUCCCCUAAAAAAGGCAUUGCAUCGAACUCAAAUGCUCAUAUCAAGGAAAAGAAGUCUUCCGGAAUGAUGUUGAAUCUUUCCGAGCCUCUUUUCAGAAUCACAAGUACGAUUGAAGAAAAUUCUGCAGUUUCUUUAAUGGAUAAUUUUCCCGCUUCAACGAGAUCCGCAUGUUUGCCCUCAUUUUAUGGGGCGUCGUGUUCCCCGCCAAUUUGUAUGGCCCCCAUUGAAGAACCCUCAUCUUCAUACAGUAACUGCUCAAUUCACGAUCUUGUCAAUUCUAAAAUUUUCAGAGACAUUACGGAAAGCCAAUGUGGCGUCGAAAAUCCAUUGGCAUUGCCUUUGCGCUCUAGGCAAGUAAACUCAUUGUGGGACUUUGUCAAUUUUUCCUUUUUAAAGGAAAAAAAUGGAUUCGAAAAUAUCCUUCUUGCGCUAUUUGACGGCCAUUUUAAUGGCGAGGUUGCAUAUUUUCUUUACAAGUCGUUUUCGGAUGCAUAUUAUGGAGAGCUGAAGAACUCUCACUUGAAAAAGCUCGACUUGACACCGUUUUACAAGAUCUCAAGGGAGGACGUUUCGAAGCGAAGAAACUCGAUUGUUUUCACCGCUGAAGGCUCUAAUCGUGAAUCCGAUCUCAUUUAUUCGUCCAUGUCUUCUCAGGAGAACUCGUAUGGCUGUUUUUCGUCAUCGCCAUUUUCCACUUCAAGCUAUUCCUCGACGCUUUCAAAGGAAGAAGUGUACUUUGAACCGGAAGACAUAAGUAGUGAUGCCUUAAAAGCGACAUUUUUGAACCUGAAUCGCAACUUGUCCGCAUUGAAAUUCCCAAAUGGCUCCGGAUGCUCCGCUUUGGUUGCUCACAUUUCGUGUCAACGCUUAUUUGUCGCAAAUAUUGGGGACUCUUUGGCCGUUUUGAGUCGUUCUGGAUAUGCUCUUGUCUUGUCCAAGAUUCAUACCGGAUUCAAUAGGUCUGAGCGUGCAAGAGUUCGCUCUUCUGGCGGCUUUGUUACCGUUGAUCAAGGAAAGAUCCACGGGAUAGCACCGCUAACCCGUUCCUUUGGAUAUUUUGAACUCUGUCCAUCCGUCAUUGCAGACCCGAGCAUUCACAUUGUUCACAUAACACCACACGACGAUUUUCUAAUCCUUGCAAACGCUGAGCUUUGGUCCUGGAUUGACCCGCAAACCGCUGUCGAUAUAGCCCUGUCAACUGGUGGUAAUUUAAGGCUUGCUGCUAGCAAGCUGCGAGACAUUGCCAUUGCAUAUGGGUCUAAAGGCGUCAUCAAUAUACAAAUAAUCUCAUUGAGUGCGCAUCAUGUUGCUUCGCCAUCUUCCUGCGUUUCUCCGGCUACAUCAUCCCCAUUUUCGGGAUCGGACAGUGGGCUUAGGAGCCGCUCAUUUAACCAUUCAAGUUCGGGAACCCUAUCUCCAAUCAGGAAGCCCCACUUUGCAGAUCGCGAUAAAGAACGGAUCUCAUGUGCAAAGGAAUCCUUGUUUUAUGGAGCCUCUUCCUGCUCCGUGAUGGAUUCCUCAUUGGCUCGGCUGAAGACUGAAAUCGAUCCACCGACUGGGAAUCUUGCAAUCGUGUUUACUGACAUUCGAUCGUCUACCCUUCUUUGGGAGCUAAUUCCCUCUGCCAUGGAAGCCGCUAUUAAGGUGCAUAAUUCCAUUCUUAGACGACUCCUACGAACCAUCGGAGGCUAUGAGGUCAAGACGGAUGGGGACGCAUUUAUGGUUACAUUUCCGGACCCCCUAUCUGCCCUAAAAUGGUGCAUUUAUGGCCAAAUUCAGCUUCUACAGGCCGAUUGGCCUCAAAAGUUGCUGGAGUGCCCAGAAGGCCGUCCAAUUUAUACGGAUUCUGCAGAAUCCAUCCAUCAGCUGCAAAGGGACACCGAAAGCUCCUCGACGACUCCUUUGGAAAAUUAUUCGGAUAAAAAGCCCGUUUAUAGGGGACUUGCCGUCAGGAUGGGCAUUCACUAUGGCACACCCAUCUGCGAGCUAGAUCCAAUCACACAGCGAAUGGACUACUUUGGCCUUAUUGUGAACAGAGCUGCUAGAAUCGCAGGAAUAGCUCAUGGCGGACAAAUAUGCAUCUCCUCGGACGCAUAUGAAGAAUGUAUGAAAAGGCUUUCCCAGGACUCUUCUCUAGAAGCUUCGUUGCUAUUUCCAAGCUUCUACUCUCUCGGAACUGUCAGGCUGAGGGGCCUUGAAUCUGCAGAGCUUAUCUAUUCCGUUUAUCCAGAAACAUUAAAACCCAGGAAGCAUUUAUUGAAAAGCAGCUCCGAGCCCAAUGUGUCAACGGAGCAGCUCAAAAACAUCCAUGACAUUGGUCGCCGGUUGGAGGCAAUUGCAUCUUUCAUGUACAACGAGGCCGGAUUACCCUUGUGA